UGGCCCUGUCUCCCUCCCCCUGCUGACUGUUAGAGAUAUGGCCUGGGGUCACCAGUGCUGCGUUUCCACCUGAAAAAAUUCUGUUACCUUAAAGUCAAUUACGUAGGAUCAGGAGAGCACAGAUGUGUAGAGUCUGCAAAAAUCCGAGCCAAAUACCCAGACCGUGUGCCGGGACAUUUGACAUUCUGGAAGGGUACAAAGCAGUGAUUGUCAACCUUAACUCUGCAAUAAUGAAAAUAUUCUACAAAUAUAUUAGAAACAAGAGGACGACCAACAGCAGGGUCAUUGUGGAAAAGGUCUCAGGCUCUCAGAUUGUUGACAUUGAUAAGAGGAAAUAUCUGGUUCCAUCUGACAUCACUGUGGCCCAGUUCAUGUGGAUCAUCAGGAAGAGGAUUCAGCUGCCAUCUGAGAAAGCAAUAUUCCUCUUUGUAGACAAGACGGUCCCACAGUCCAGCCAUGAAAUACCACAGGAAAUUCAACACUCCAAACAGGUCAGGACAGGACAGGACAAAACAGCAUUUUUUUCUAAAAAGUACCAUCUUGAGGACAGUGGUCUGCUUCCAGCUUUGACAUGUUAAUGACCAUAAAAAGAGCAACUGUCAUGGGCCAAAAUAAGACCAAAGUGAUCCAGUUGCGUUAGAAAUAAACGACAGUUGUUUCAGAUUCCAAUCAAGCGAUUCUACUUGAUGCAAAGCAGGCAGAAAUAAGAUUUGCAGCAUGCAAGGGAACACACGCCACUCAGACAAGUGCAACAAGGAAACUAAUUCCUCCAACAAUAACGAGAGCACUGUAACAACCCUCACCGAUAAGAGAAGGCCACAAGUGAAAAUUCUACAAAACAAGCAGCUCAUCUCCUCCCCACUCUCCAGAAUGGAAGCCACUGCCUUCUAGGCAAAGAAUGACAACAUAGCCUGCAUCUCAAGAGAGUGUGGUUUCAUUUACAAAUAUCUGCCUUGUUUUAAUGAUUAGAAAAUCUAUUAGGCAACAGUAACAAGAAACAUGCCAGUAAAGGGGCUAAAAAUUAUAUGAACAUAUUCAACCUACUCUGCCCCUACUCUCUAUUCUGUGCAGUGGUAGCAGAGUCAGAGAUAGAACACACAUGGGGACUGCUUUCCCAUCCUCCAGCUCCCAAUG